AUGUCAAGUAACAAAGUACACGAUUAUUUCAAACGAAAGUCCGAGGAAUGGAGCCUUAUAGGAUUUUUAACCGAAAGCGAAGAAGAAUCAUUCCGGCUAAAAAUAGACUUAUACUUAAGAGGCCUUAAGAAUAUUAUUAACCAUGAGGAAGGAAAUAGAAAAGAAAAAGCUCAAAGUAUAGUUGAGAAACCAAUUAGCUUGCCUGAUGCUUCAAGUCAAUUAGCCUUUCCAGCAUUGGACUCAUUGGGCGCAGGAAACCAAUUAGCUUGCCUGACGUUCGGAUGGGAUCGGAAAUCGGAUGAACCUCAAUCCGAUCGCGUACUAGCAAGGAAUUGGGAGAAUGAGCAAGCGAGGCAAAUUCAUUUCCAUCAGCAGACAUUUCUUGGACAUGGAUCUAUACAUGGGUCUUCUAUACAUGGGUCUAUACAUGGGACUGUAAACGGGACUAUAACCGGUGGAACGUUCGUUGCCGGAUCAAAAAGAGAGCAGGAAGGGGUACAGGAUGAGCGUAAUGAUAAAACUAAAAGGACGAAGAUAGACGAAUUUUUUUUUCCAGUGAUUCAUUCCUCACCUAACGUUACUUUAGAGCCUCAGGGUCAUAAGAAUGAUUGUACCGAAGAAGAUUUAGAAGAGAAUCUUUUACAAGAAAACCUUGAAGCUGUUUUUGAUCGUAAAUUAAUUAUUAACAAUAUAUGCAUCCGGUCGUCAAUUGAGAAAUGGCGCGAAUCGUCAAAAUAUGUCGAAGAAAUACAUAAGCAGGACUUAAUGCGCUACAAUAUUAUAGAUACGACCAGCUCAUCUGCAACGGAAGCACGAAAGCUCUUCAAGGAGCACUGUGACAAUGUCAUCAGCACUAUAGAAAGAUUUUUGACGUCAAGUCCUGAUGCAACACAAUUAGCUUCAGCUUCUACCUCCGUUUCAGCAUCAUCUGAUCAAGAUACGGAACAAGACACUUAUCAAAGUACGGAACAUGACGGGAAGGCAAAAGAAGUAGAGCAGUAUUUAACAAAAAUUUCAAAAAAUGUGAAUAAUGCAAAGAAAUUGCGUGAAGUUGUCAAGAGAGAGCGUGCAAAGUUGCGAACAAAUGAUAAUGUUAAAUGGAAAAGGCGGGCAUUAGAGUUGAUGAAGAUCUU